AUGUCGAACCCCAAAAAUGGCAGCGCGUACGGCGCGCCGGCUGGCGAUACCGAUUUCCGAAAGACGUGGGAUCUUGAUGAAUACGCGGAAAAGGCCAAGGAGCGCGAGGCCAAGGAGAAGGAAGAGGGAAAGGCGAGAUACGAAGCUAAGCUGGCUGGCAAGAAAUACUACAAACCCAAGACGGGCGACGAGACAUAUACCUCUGCGCGCCGAAAUGUUAUGGAUUUCUCUGGCCAAGUGGGCAAGACGCAACUCGUUGGUGCAGGUGCCGGCGUUGGCAAGCGUGGCCGUGGCGCCGGAUUCUACUGUGAAGCGUGUGACCUUACCUUCAAGGACAAUCUUCAGCAUCUGUUAAAUGCUGGGCAGACGACCGAAGUCAGACGCGCCACGGUGGAAGAAGUCCGAGACCGAAUAACCUUUUACGUUCAGCGGAGGGAAGAGCUAGAAAAAGACAAGGUUACUAGCCUCCAAGAGCGACUGCAGAUACGAGAAGAAGAAAACGAAAAAGAGGCGGAAGAGAAGAGGAAGAAGCGACGCGACGAGGUGGAAAAGAAAAGACUGGAAAAGGAAGAGGCAGCCAAAGUCAAAGUCGAAUAUGGUGAGGAUGUACGAAUAGAGGGAGAGCACGAAGAGGACGACAUGAUGGCGCAAAUGGGGUUUACCGGAUUUGGCACGUCAAAGAAAUGA